AUGGACUCGGGGUCGGAAACUCUCGAGGCCAUGCAGGCGCGCCACCGAAAGGAGCAACGAGACCUCCAAUCGCGAAUCACCAACAAAAAGAAGAACGCGACCAAGAAGACACGAAAAGGCGUCAAUGACGAGUGCGCCGAGCUCGAAAGGGUGCUCCGAGAGCAGCAGGGCGAGGAAUUGGCUGUACUGAAUGGGGACAAGAGGCAAGAAGUCGAUGACCGGGAGGAACUAGAUCAAGAGGAAGCUACCCAACAGGCGGCCACAAACCCCGAGACCAAUGGCACUACUGCUGUCCAGGACGAAGGACGGGAUGGCCUGGCGGACGAAUUGGAGAAUAUAUCGAUAUCGAACGGAGCACAGACACAAGGAGGUGGUCCUGGAAAGAAGCGCAAUCGGCAACAAGAACGUAUGGCCCGACGUCGCGCGGAGCAAGAGGCCGCGGCUGUUGCGGCUGAAGAGGAGGCGAGCAACAUGACGGACCACCGCGCGGUCGAGAAGAAGUACCUGCUGCGGGAGUUUGAAGCCAAUGGCCUGGUAGAAGAGGAGAUACGGCCCGACGGGCACUGCCUGUUCUCUGCCGUGGCAGACCAGCUUUCGCAAAAGGGAAUGGCGCUGGGCAGCAGCGGCGCCAGCAACGCGGACGGCCAGCCACCGUACAAGACGGUCAGGCGCAGGGCAACAGACUACAUGGAAGAUCACCGGGAUGAUUUUGCGCCUUUCCUGGAGGAGGACUUUGAGCAAUACGUGCGCAAGAUCAGGGACACGGCCGAGUGGGGUGGGCAGCUGGAGCUCAAGGCGCUGGCCGACGCAUAUGGCGUCGAGAUCAAGGUUGUGCAAGAUGGCCGGACGGAAACGAUUGAGCCGGGUACCGGCGCCGCGCCGGGAGAGACGCCGCGGAUAUGGUUGGCAUAUUACAGGCAUGGAUACGGUCUAGGAGAGCACUACAAUUCGUUGCGGAAAGCGAGCUAA